UCAGCAAACAUGGGUGCUCAAGCAGUCUCCGAGACCAAGCCUACCAGCACGUCAAUCGACUCGCUGAGAGCUGCCAUUCCCAAGCACUGCUUCCAGAAGUCGACAUCGACUUCCAUGAGCUACAUCGUGCGAGACAUCGCCCUUGUCUGCACCGUGUUCUACAUGGGCACUCAGAUUCAAUAUGCACCAUCAUUCGCUCUCAGAUGCGCCCUGUGGGCACUUUACAGUGUCUUCCAAGGAUUCGUCUUUGUUGGAAUCUGGAUUUUGGCUCACGAGUGCGGUCACCAGGCCAUGUUUGACAACGGCACCGCCAAUGACACAUUCGGUCUUAUCAUGCACAGCUUCUUGGGUGUUCCUUACUUCUCCUGGAAGGACACUGCAUUCGUUCCCGCAAAGAAGGACGAUGGUAUCCAUCUCAUGGCUAAGGUCCAGGACACAGUCAAGGAAAUAUUCCACAUGACUGAAGAUGCACCUAUUGUCAGCUUGAUCUUCCUUGUUGGACACCAAUUGAUUGGCUGGCAAACCUACAUGCUCACCUACGCCUCUUCUGGCUACAAGAGUCUUGCAAACUUCAAGGACCCUCGCACUACUUCCAACCUCAGUCACUACUCUCCUUUCUCUCCGAUCUACCUUCCUUCUCAACGUCUGGCCAUUCUGGUUUCUGAUCUUGGUCUCCUCGCUGUUGGCUACGGACUUUACUACGCUACCCAGGUCAUGGGCUUGACUCAGGUUGCAUUGCUCUAUGGUCUUCCUUACCUUUGGGUCAACCACUGGCUUGUCGCCAUUACUUACCUUCACCACAACCACGGCGAUGCUGAGCACUUCGAGCAAGGCACCUGGACUUUCGAGAAGGGCGCUUUAGCCACCGUUGACAGAGACUUCGGCUUUGUCGGUCGCGAGCUGUUCCACGGUAUCAUUGAGUUCCACGUUUNNCGCAUUCCAUUCUACCAUGCUGAGGAGGCCACCGGUGCCAUCCAGCCUAUGCUUGGCAAGAAGUACAUUCGUGACAACACUUCAUUCCUCAAGGCUCUCUGGAAGGCUUGGACAAGCCACCACUUUGUCGUGGAGCACGAGACUAAGCCUGGUGUUCUUGUCUGGGCAAAGUAA